AUGGGAGAUUUGUUUAAUCAAUACAAUUCACAGAUACAGGGAGUUUUAGAAAGUAUUAAAAAUCGUCUCACUCUCUGCAGGGAUAAUCCGAAUUCUCCAGAUCACGUUUCACAUGUAAAUGAGCUAGAUGGGUUCAUUUCUUCCGCUGAGGAAACCCUGCGUCAAAUGGAGCUUGAGGCCCGGAGCUAUUCUGACAGCUCCUCGUACGAUAGGCUCGAACAGGUACUCUCAGUUAAAAAUAUAAGGGCUUUCCUAAAGGACGCAUCUGACUGCAGUCGGUCACUUCACACUGACUUGGAGCGCAGGGAGCUGCUCGGGGAGGUUUCGCAAUACGGUAACACUCGGCAGUACAAAACUCUCACCAAGAAUCGGGAAAUGCUCGACAAGGGUCUGAUGUUCAUAAAGACCUCCUGCGACGCUGUGACUGAGGCUGAGAAGAUCGGCUACGACGCCUCUCGCAACUUGAGUCAGCAGAGGAACGUCAUCACCAACGUCAGCUCCGAGCUCGCGCGCGCCAGGUUCUCGCUCUCGGGCGCCGACGAGUACCUCUGCUGCCUCCUGAAGCAGGGCCGGCUAAACCGCGUCGUUCUCAACGUCGUCAAGGUCGCCAUUGGCGCCACUGUAGGCAUCAUUCUCGCGAUUCGUCUCGUCAAGUUCGUUUUUUUUUUCUCUCGGAAGUAG